UUAUGAUUAGAAAGCAUUGAGAUUCAUUUGAGCAUUGGUUUUAUUAGCGCAUCCCGAAGGCUUCUGAUUAAUUGAUUGAUUGAUUGAUUGUGGCAAACCACGCCUUCCACAGCCAUAUAUUGCAAGGUUUAUAAGGUAUUAGUAUUCAUUCCCUCAGUCAACGCGACCUUCAUCUCGGACAUAUCCUUGUGAAGAAACCACUAGCCUCGAUAAAUCCCGCCCACUGCGCGCUCAUCUCCCCGAAAUAUUGGAAAUAAGCCGCGCUCGUCGUGCACCUCGGGAGCAUUCUAUGUUUUUGCAAAUUUCUACAAAAGAAAACAUGCUCUGGUGCCUUCUCCUUUCCGCCACUGCGACGACGGGGUUGACGAGGUUCCUGAUUCUCGGGCCAGUCAGUCACAAGUCAAGGAAUAAGGGUAGGUCAAGGGCUAGGCAAAAGCCGAAACCGAGACAGAUAUCUAUACCAGCUGCAACAGCGGCUGGGUGGACCAAGAUGAGCUGGAUCUGUAUCUAUCUUUAUCAACAGCAGAGACUGAGCACCAGUUUAACAGCGCUGGCAAGAUGAUAAGCUCUACUAGAAACCACUUGAGUAGAGUGUUUAACGGGCAAGCGCAACCCGGGAAUUUUUGGACCAAGAUGAGCAUAUAUAAGCCAGGGUUACCAAUCCGUCUGCUGCAGAAUCAUGACUCUUAACGAUAGUCUUGUGGCUUAUGUGCA